AUGAUAGGUGAUAUGUUAAAUUCCCGAAUUUGCCACAGUAAUGAGCCGGACGAGUGGGAAGAAGCCUUGGCGGAAGCGAUGGAACAAUGGGAAGGGCUGACGGAGGUCGGGGAGGAUCAGAGACGGAAUGGAUUAGAAUACGAUGGGCUAGGAGAAGAAGAGGGGAAGGGAAAAGGACAGGAAGGAGGAAGCCUAGAAGAUAUCAUCGAAGCCAUGUUAUUCAGUGAUUAUGAUCUUCCGCAAUCGCGAAAACGACAAAGUCCUCAAUCUGCGAGAUCUGCAAGACGAAAUUUGAGGAUUGAGACCCAUGAUUUACCCUGGAUACUUGAGGAUCAACAGUUAAUCAUUCAGAGUCCAAUCAAAGAAGAACCGGAAGUCAUAAUUGAAUCGCCGAAAUCGACCAUUCUCAAUAGGGCUCGAUCACUCUGGUCUACGCUCACUUCUAGAUUCGGUACUAGUGAUAGAUUGUACGUCUCUAGCUCUAGUGGACCGGUAGUACAAAAUGUCUGUACGAGGGAUCUACAACAGAAAUCAAAUCCUUACACAUAUCGAGAUUACCAUUAUUACUUGAAAAAAUCCACUGUCGAUUACUCUCCACUCAUCAGUACAUCACCUUCUUCACCGAUCAUCCAGACUCCUGAAACUCCCUCUGGUCAUAUUCAGUCGCCUUUGAUCAUAUUUACGCCCACAGGUAAAGCUCAAAUGCGUCCAAGGGCUUCUAAUUCUCUGCCACUUUCGCUCUACGAGCAUGAUUUGCACUGUGACGAAUGCGAAUUGAAGGCCAAGCUUCUCGCAGUGAAGGCACAUAUGGAGAAAAUGAAACGAUACAAUGACCAGCAGAGUAAGAAACGGGACGCUACAUUGCAUCGAGGAAGGAAAUAUCUGUCUAAGGAUAUAGACGCGAUCUGGGGUGUAAGGGUGGAUCGGAAUGGUUUCAAGUUUCAUCCCGCCUUCGCUGAAAUCUACGAUGAGAUGGAAUCGAGAGGAUUAACAUGGGAAAUCCAAGAGUUGCAGGAGGUAUGGGACAUACAUAACAGUUUGAUGGAUGACUUGGAGACAGGAGAAGCACACAAGGAUUUAGAGUUGAUGCCCCCAGGAAGAAAUAUUUGA